AUGUCGUUACUCAAGUUAUUAAGUUUUCUUUCUAUUUCCAUAGUUGUAGCUCACUUUUACAUCAAGAGCAGAACAACUGCCACUCCAAAGGGGUAUAAGACCAUUCCAGGACCAAAGGGGUGGCCUUUACUAGGCAACGCGCCACAGCUAGGUUCAGCACCACAUCGACAAGUCCAGCGAUGGGCUCAAGAUUAUGGCGAGAUUGUCAAAGUCCGCCUCGGCUGGGAAAACUGGGUUUUCGUCAAUAGCCCAGAUGCCGUCCGCGAGAUAUUUGACAAACAAUCGGCAAAGACCUCUGGAAGGUCACCAAUGCCGGUACUCUCUGACCUUCUGUCCGGGAGCAACAGGCUCUUACUUUUGACUUACGGGUCCAAAUGGCGACAAUUGCGAACGAUUGUGCACAAGCUCCUUACGCCAAAAGCUUCAGACACGUACAAGCCAUCACAAGAGUUUGAGGCCAAACAACUUCUCUACGACAUUGCGACCGACAACACAGAUCAAGAAAGUUUCUACAUGCAUGUCCGCCGGUAUACCACAUCUGUUGUACUCACCAGUACGUACGGACUUCGUGUUCCUAAGUGGGACUGCGAAGAUGUGCGUCAGAUCUACGACCUUCUAAAAGACUUCACCGAGGUUGCAGAGCCUGGCGCUUACAUCGCUGACAUGUUUCCUCCUCUUGCCAAUCUUCCAUCGUUUCUCCAGUGGUGGCGUCCGGCUGCUAUUCGGGCUUACGAAAGGCAGAGAAAAAUCUGGAUGCAUUACUGGGAUGGCUUGAAGACUUCGGUGGCCGAGAAGAAAGCACCUGAGUGCUUCGUGAAGCAGUUCAUGGAGUCAGACUUUGAGAAACUCGGCAUUACCGAUGUUCAGGCCGGUUUUGUUGCAGGCUCCAUGAUUGAGGCCGGAUCUGAGACAACUUCCUCAGCGUUGAAUAGCUGCAUUCUUUACCUGGCGGCGAACCCCAGAGUACAAGACACCGCCAAUGAAGAGCUAACGAGGGUGAUUGGCGACGAGAGAUCGCCAACUUUUGCAGACGAAGCCAGCCUGCCCUAUAUCAGAGCAAUUGGGAAAGAGGUCCUCCGCAUCAGGCCAGUAACCACGAUAGGAAGCCCACAUUACACGACCUCGGACGUCAUCUAUAAGGAUUAUUACAUCCCCAAGGACACCGUCGUUGCGAUUCCUCAAUACGUGUUACAUUUCAGCUCCGAUAAAUGGACCGACCCUGAAGAUUUCAACCCAUCACGUUACUUGGCGUAUCCUGAAAAGGCUGGCUUUUACGCCGCUCAGGGAGACGCUAAAGCUCGUGACCAUUUUGACUUUGGUGGAGGGAGACGCAUCUGCCCUGGCAUGCAUCUAGCCGAGAACAGCCUGUUCAUCACACUGGCUAAGAUCUUGUGGGCUUUCAAGAUUGAGCCGGCGUUAGACCCGAAUGGCAAGGAAUUGCCGAUAGAUCUGUCCGAUGAAGCUUAUGAACCGGGUAUCAAUACUCUUCCCAAACCCUUCAAGGUCCGAUUCGCGCCACGCAACAACAGACGAGCUGAAGUUCUCAAAUCCGAAUGGUUCCAAGCAGAAAGAGAAGGAUUCUACUUGGGAAGCGUCAAAGUCGACACGAAGGGAAUGGUUGUAGCAUAG